UCCUUCCCUCUGCCAAUGGGAGUCGUCCUUCCUUGUCCUGUUUCUCCUGCUUUUCUUAGGUGGGAAUCAAAGCAGCCCUGAUCUCUUUUCACCAUGCCUGCAGGAGUACCUUGGCCUCGCUACCUGAAAAUGCUGACUGCGAGUAUGUUGGCCAUGUUUGCUGGCGCAGAGGUUGUCCAUCGAUAUUACCGCCCUGAUCUUACAAUACCCGAAGUUCCUCCCAAACCUGGAGAACUCAGAACAGAACUCUUAGGUCUCAAAGAAAAAAAACAGCAGGUUCAACCUGCACAACAAUAACUAUACAGAGUGGUGUUGCAUCUCUCCACAAAGUGCACUAUUUUCACAGCUGAAUGGAUACAACUAGACAAUGGUUACUAGAUGUGUUCAAGAGUCCAAAUAUUGUGACCUUUUUGCCCAGAGUUCUUAGCUUUGGAUACAGUGCAAUCAUUUCCAUGUUUUAAUUAAAUGUGAAUAUAUUUUCUGA